AUCCAAUCCAAGAUCCGUUACAUAUCUGCCAUGCCAUAGGAAAGCAGGAUAUCCGUCUUUGCCUCGUCUAAUAAGUUACACAAAGUGCCAGCAGUCUGGGUGGAACUUUGUACACCUUGGGCGCCUCUGCAUCCAGUGAUGCAUGAAGCUACCAAUAAAAGAGAAACUUUCAUCAAAAUCUGCCACUGCCGCCAGCAAGUCUUAUGCCCUGCACUGCUCAUAAGGGUGGCACAGAACAAGAAUAAAUACACAGCUGUACAGAAGCAGAUCGGGCCAAGCAGUUCUACUUCCUACGACCUCUCCACAUGAAAUGUAAUCAAUAGUAUUCACUUCGUCUGCUGGAGACCAUUGCAUGCUUGCCAACGUAUUCUGAUUGUGAGUUCCUGCACAGUUAAAAACUUCCUGAUGCUUUGGGGCCGCAGCACAGAGCUGCUCUUGCUCUUGGCAAGCUGUAGAAGCUUGCAAACGCAGUGGGCACUUCAGUCCUUCUGUACACUGAGCUGAGCAAGGGUGCCUCACAUACUCACAGAAGAAACCAUCUGGAGUCGCACAUUUAGCAGAAGUAUGUUCACGUAAAUAUCGUCCAAAACAUGCAAAAAGCAUGUACAAUCCCAUCUGCACACUGAGGUCGACAGGUCAUCGCAGGACCUUGCUUGCACCUCAAAAUCAACCCUAGGAGAAAAAAACCACAUCAAAUCUGAGAUAGUCCUCUACGUCUCGUCAAUUUGGUGGGAAGAAUCAACAAUAGAGAAGCCUUGAAGGGUGACUGACAGGCUGCAGGGGCGUGCAGCUGCAAAAUUACAAUGCGUGAAGCAUGGGCUGAGAGCUGAGAGCUGAGCGCAAAACAUAGGCUGAGUGGAGGUGCUCUGGAAGACCUAGAAGUGCUGCUGCCACCUGACCCAGCACUGCUGCCGCUAGUCGCUGAGUUGACC